AUGAAUGGUUCAGACAGAGCGGCUGAACCAGACUGGCUCCUUGUGCGGUGGAGAGAUGGGAAUAGAGAUCGAUUCGUGGUGUCAUCUACAGAGGUGGUGAGCCCUGUAGCUGACAAUUAUAUGCCGAAUCAGACCGUGACCCUGUAUUAUGGCAACCGACUUAGAACUGCUACUAUAAUAGCGAUUGCUAACAUUAAUAUGUCGCCACCACGUUAUUCUGGUGCUUAUGCUUUUACUGUGCUCCGCUAUUCGAUUUUCUUCUACGGCAUUAGUGAUCGGAUAUUAUUGGACCCAGUACCAGAUAGAUUUGAACCUGUACCAGACUCCAAUAUGGGCAGAAGAUCCCCAAGCUCGUCUCCAGACAUGCCAAGUGAUGGUGCAGAAUCUCCAGAACCAAUCGAGUUACAGAAUGGUUCCAGAAGACCAUGGUUAGAACGAUUCCACCGUCAACACGUCAAUGUGCGUAUGUCGGCAUUAUCACGGAGGCCCUCAGAAAUACAUAGGCCCAUUCCCAUUCUACCAGAACCUGCACCACAAUCAAAUGAUUCAUCUGAUUUGACCAUCCGCCCACCCCAACGUCGAUUCACCAAUGAAGAAUUGAGAAGAAACUUUAAUACGCUGGUAAGCAUGAUCAUUAGUGAGGCAGAGUUUAAAAGCACUCUCUCUUUUAUGGCGAGCGGGUCAGUAGACCCACCACCGCAGCUUUCGAGGCUAUUGGAUCCGUCAUCGCGGUCAUCAAGUUCGUCACAUUCGCCUUCGCGACCUUCGCGGGCGUUAGAACCGCCACCAUCGCAGCCCUUGCGGUCGAUAGAGCCACCACCAUCGCGACCCUUGCGGUCGUUAGACCCGCCACCAUCGCGACCCUUGUGGUCGUUAGACCCGCCACCAUCGCGACCCUUGCAGUCGUUAGACCCGCCAUCGCGGCCGUCGGUGUCGUCAGAUCAGCCAUCGCGCUCAUCUGUGUCUUCGAAUCUGUCAUCGCGGCCGUCGGUGUCGUUAGAUUUGCCACCGCGCCCAUCGGGGCCGUUAGACCCGACCUCACGGCCGUCGGAGUCGUUCAAUUUGCAAUUGCGGUUAUUGAGGCCGUCAAAUGUGCCAUCGCAGCCGUCGAGAUCAUCAGACCUACAGAUUACGCGGACCAGUCACCAUGGUAAUAGACCUAGUGGUUACAUUAAUGAGACAGUUAGAAGAUUUCUAGACCUAUCUGAUUCCAGCUGCUCUAGAGAAUCCAGGGACGACAAUAUCAGAGAAAAUGUCUCUAAUCGGGAUGAAUUGUCUGAUGACGACGACGAUUUGAAGAAUUUUAACGGCACUCCCGCCAAAGUUAAAAAGCAAACAAGAACGGAAAGUAGCAAUACUGCUAUUUCCAACACAGGAAGACAACGAAGUACCAGUAAUUCACCGCAGCCGUCUGGGUCGUUAGAUCCGCCAUCGCAGCCAUCGGGGUCAUCAGACCAACAUGUUGCGCAGGCCAGUAAUGACACUAGUAGUAUAUCCAGUAAUGACACUAGUAGUAUAUCCAGUGAUGACAUUACGAACACAUGUAUAGAACUUAUAAAUCUGUAUCAACCUGGCACUAGCCGCCCCAGAAAACCCAGAGUAGAUGAUAUCAGAGAUAACAGUAAGCCCGCCAAAGUUACGAAGAAAACAAGAACGGAAAAUCUUUAUGCUAAAACUUCCAAUGCAAGAAAAGUGCGGAAGAUUAAUUCAAAAAAGACACAACAUACAAGCAGUUCACGUAGAAGACAUAACAGACUUUCCCUUAAUGCUAGUGACAACCGUACGCAACUAAUACUACCAACGCCCCCAGCUCGCAUAAACGAAAAGACAUCUAAAGUAAUUAAAAUUAUUUGUCAGAGUUUCAUGGAAGUGUUCACAUACAUGAAGAAUAAAGCAGAACGUGGAAUAUUACCAGACUUUUCGGAUGCACCAAACGUACCGUAUAUGCGGGAGAUUCUUAGUGCUUUACGCCGAAGUGGACAAUUUAUGGUCAUAUUUCCAUCCCCCCGACCCAGCCGCCCAUUAGGUAGCUCUCACCGUGACCCUAACCUGCCCGGCCCGAGCCAUUUUAUGCUGCCUAUGCGAGAGGAACAAAACAGUGAUGAUGACAUGGAAGUAUCCUCAUUGUCCUCCUUAUCGUCAGCAAGUCCAAGUCCGCCAAAGGAACCUUCUCAAAAAAAAUAAGCAAAAAAGAAAAUUCUAUUGAAUAUGUUAAAUAACAAGGCAUCCAUGAAUAAAAGUCAUUUCAUGCAGGACCAACAUGAAUAAAAAUCACAAUAUUA